CUCCAAAUCCAAAUCCAAACUUUCAUGUUUGUAUCAAAGAAACUAAAGUGCACAAAUAAUGAAAGGGUAGUCAUGCGGAAGUCUACUGAAACAUGAUCAGAAUCGACUUUUACUAGCGCCAAUGACUGCCUGCGGAGGUGAACAAGAAUCACUUCUGAUGGUGCGUGAACACAAUUUGCGACGGACUGGAGCUUUUGAAAUUGUGUAGUAACGCACUGGCAGCGAACAAGAAUCGUGGCUACUCUUGAAAGUACUUGAUAGUUUGUUCAUCGUUCGGUCUCAUUGCUCUUCUUAGUUGAAGGUACAAUUUGACUGGAAGGGUCUCAAAUCCAUUUGACAGGAUCGAACAUGAGGUAGCAUUACAUGGACAAGAAAUGAAGUAUUUCUUCGCUUUCCGAACAGAGAGCAUCGGCAGUUUGUUGGAGACAUUGGGCGAGUUUGACAAGGUUCAAAAUUUAAAACAAUCGACAGACCCUGCAAUCCGGAAUAUUUUGGAGGAAUCCGUUAUCACAGAAAUUGCAGGAGAUGAGGUCGUGCCAUCACGUACAGCGACAAUGUCAGACUCCGGCCCCGUGGCGCGGACUGUGGAGUACAACAGGGAUGAUAUUCUGAAGAAAGUUCAGUACCAUGAGGAUCUACUACUGGAGCGAGAUCAUGAUCAUGAUGAAGACGAGGAUGUGCAGCAGGAAAAGACGGCGGCCCGCACGGGAGACAAAACUAGCACCAACUACAACAAGUUGAGCUCGACGACUGGAGAGGGCACUUCAGGCCCUAUAGUACCAUCUUUCAUGGACAUCAUCCAAGACGACAAGUGCUUGUCAUCUGUACACGAAGUCAUUUCACUCCUGGGUUACGCGAGAACUGAUGAUACAGAGACUGAGAACACCUUUUUCGUCUGGGACUCGCGGGAUAUCCACGACCAUUUACGAGUAGAGAUCAAGAGAGCGGUGAAAUCUUGUUCUUGCACCAGCAGGAGCAUGAAGAAGGUUGGUAAAAAGAAGAAGAAUCUGAUGAAUCAACAAGAAGAACAAAUUUUUGGGGACCACGUGGUCCACCUCCGCGAAGUAGACUCAUUAACAAGAGAUUUGAUAGAUCGCCUCGAAGAUACUAUUUUGCAGCAUCUUACCGACUGCGAAGAAAUGGAGAUCAUUGACGUGCAAAAGGGAGACACAGACGAAGUUUUUUCAAAGGAGAUCCUGCCACAGCUAGAGCAGGGAAUUCGAGACGGGAAGUUUAAAAACAUUGAUUACUGUGUGGAAAAUUUGCUUUGCAACUACCUCGCCCAUCGAGGAAGCAAGAUCUAUGGGGAAGAUGGGGUAGAUGAAAAAGAAAUGGAAAAGCAACAUGAUUCUGGUUCUGCUUCUGGAUCAGGAAGUUGUACGACAGGGGCGAAUGUUUACGAUGGGAUGUUCAACAAUGCGGCUUCGGCUAAUCUGAAAGAAGACUCCGAGACUGCAAUAAAAAAUGUAGAUUUGGAUUCAGCUGUUGGAAAGAUGAAGCACAUGAAAGAAAUUUUGUCAAAAGCGAUUGUGAAAAGUAAGUGAGUCUUGGAUGAGUUGGGAACAAUAUCGAAAGCGCGCGCUCUGCUUUAUCACUUGUAGGUCCUGUUCUCUGAGUGAAGAAAAUCUUUCAUGAGCAGUGUGUGUAUUUCCAGCAUUGAGUACUCAGGACACCGCUAGCGGGAAGGUCGAGCACCUAUAUUUUUCCAAAAUCGGUC